CCCUCUCUUCUCUCGUCUCGUCUCUUCAAGUUCAAGGCGUGGCUUUUAGCUCUCAAUUACGCUUCCCUCUCUCUCUCUUCUCUCUCUCUACCAGCAAAAGAAAAUACGUCUUCAAGCACUCAUCGAUUACCCUGUCUCCUUCACAUUCACAUCUACAUCCACAGAGAGAGAGAGAAAGUCUCUGCUCCAUACUCUCUCUCUUUCUCUCUCUCUCUCUUCGAUCACAUGAUCUGAGUCGUUCCGUUUUGAUUUCUGUCGCAGCUUUUGACUCUACCGCAGCAGACAAGAAAGGGGGAAGCUCAAUACCUUCUGUCUGUCGUGGCUUGCUUCUUUCCAUCUUUUCUUGUUUCUCCUUCUGUUUGUUUCCUUUCAAUUUCUUCUUAUAAAUUUCAGUGGAGAUGGAGAGGUGGGAGAAACCGCUUCGGGAAGACAGAUACAGACACGCAAGGGCAAACCCAUCUUUCUCUUCAACCCUUCUCGACGUUAUCUACCGCUCGAUCGACGAAGGCGAGGACCCAAGAGAAGAAGAGCUGAUCCUUUACAGAGAGACCAUGAGAAAGAAACAGAGCAGUUGUGUUCGUGGAAGCAGCGUUUUGCCAGAGGAAGAGAUGGCAAAUCUUCGACGAGCUUGCCUGAUCGAACAAUGGAUGGAGAAGAAAGUAAGCGAGAAGGUCGUAGUUCGUCGGAAGUCGUCGGCUCCGGAUUUCGAUUUCAAGCCACCAAAACGAGGGAACGAUCGAAAUUCUUUGUUGUUAAAUUCUACUUCAAGCUCUUCAGAUUCCAGCUGUGGAGGAGGGUUUUCUUCUUCUGAAACCGAGUCAGUUUACGGCGCGAGGUCGAGAUCCUCAGGUUUGAAACCAGUUCGAACUGUGGUUCCCGUUCGAUCGGAGAAGCCUCCACGCCACGAACAGCAACAGAGGCAGUUCAACGAUUUUGAUGCUCAUUUCCAGCAGAGAAGCAACUCUGUACCUCAGCAAAAGCCGAAGCACGAAAGUGGUUUCACCAAGACAAAAUCUAGAGCUUUAAAGAUCUACGGUGAUCUAAAGAAGGUGAAGCAGCCCAUCUCGCCUGGCGGUCGGCUCUCCAGUUUUCUCAAUUCUCUGUUCACGGCAGGUAAUCAGAAGAAAGCAAAGAUCUCUUCUUCUACUUCUUCAGUUGGAGGCAUUGACGAUGAGAGGAAAUCAAAAUCCGCACAGGCGUCGACGUGCUCGUCUGCUUCCUCAUUCUCAAGGUCCUGUUUGAGCAAAACCCCAUCUUCGAGAGGAAAAUUAAGCAAUGGCAUGAAGAGGUCUGUACGGUUCUACCCUGUUAGUGUAAUUGUCGAUGAGGAUUGUCGACCCUGUGGACAUAAAUCUCUCUACGAAGACGAUCCCAAUUUGAAGGCCAUAAAAACAGUUAGGAAGAUUGGAGAAGCUCCUUUGCACAACGAAGAGCUCCAAUUCCAUCUCAGGGAGAAGAACCGUCGUGUAGAAGAAGCCGCACGGGAUCUUCUUAAAGGUUAUCAGAAGAAAUGUGACUUUAACAUGAGAGAUCUUCACGAAGACGUCGAUGACGAUGAAGACGAUGAUGAUGCAGCAAGCUAUUCAAGUUCUGAUCUUUUUGAGCUCGAUAACCUUGCAGCGAUUGGCAUCGAACGGUAUCACGAAGAGCUGCCGGUGUAUGAAACAACUCAUCUUCACACGAAUCGCGCCAUUGCUAAUGGCUUGAUACUGUAGUUGUUAGAGAGGGGGAAAAUGUUGAAAUUGAAAGAAAAAGAAGAAAAUAUUAUCCGUUUAA